GUGAGAGCCUUGUUCUACCAGAAUUACCGUGAAGUGAAGGGGACUUUUAACCACGAACUAGGGAAGAAGGAGAGUCAUGCGUUCACGUUGCAUCCAGUGAAAAAUAACAGUUUCGUAAUACGUUUGGCAUUGCAUUUCAAAGACGAUGAAAUUAAAUGGUUGAAAAGAAAAGCAGACAGCUUGAGAAAUGAGUUGGAAAUGGUCAAGAGGGGAAUGGCUACAAAGCAGCUGAAGCGUCUGUCAAUGCCUAUGAUGAAAUAUCUUCACAAUAUUGAAUAUUUUAAUAAGAAACGUGAACCGAAGAAGGCCUCUGUCAAGUUUUGGUAUGAUACUGGUGAUGUUGCAGCACAAUGGGAGAAUAUUGAAAUGGAGUCAAUUUAUUCCAUGGCAAAUAUUCAUCAGGCACCAAAACAGAAGCUGACUGUGAAAAAACAUGAUGAAACUGUACAUAACUCUGUCAAAAACCUCCUUAACCAUUAUUGGGAAGGAGUAGAUAAUAUCAAGUUUAAGAAGUUUCUCCGAGCCUAUCGUUACAUGUCACCUGUCCAAGGGGUACAACAUCUACUACAAGUCUACUUAUUGCAACGAAAAACUCGAAAUGGUUAUUACAAUGGCACAUUUAUGGCCUCGCAGCGUCUACUGCCUCUGAAGUUUACUGAAGAAGAGGACAUGUUUAAGCGCCAUUUUGAUAUCAAUACCAAAUACAAUAACAGCAAAGGUGGUGGGCAGAUGAAAGAAAUCAAUCUGAUUAUGCCAAUUGCUGGAAAAUUAGAAGCAUUUGUACGAUUUACAGAGACCCUAGAGAAGAUCUUCAAAAGAACACUGGAGAACCUCAAAGUGAUCCUUGUUAUCUACAAAGAUCCAGAAGGAGUCUGGGUCAAACAAAUCGCUAUGAUGAGACGUUUGGAGUCUCGCCAGUUUGAUCCUGAAUCUAUUUGCUACAAACCCAAUUGUAAGAAGAACCAUUAUUUAUUUGGCAAAGAUGACGGCUUUUGGAGAUAUUUCGGUUUUGGUAUGGUGUCCAUCUUUAAAAAAGACUUUCUGGAAGUGGGUGGGUAUGACACAAAAAUUGAAGGAUGGGGCAAAGAGGACAUAGAUUUCUAUGAACUAUGCCUCAGGUCUAACAUGACAGCAAUUCGGGCCCCUGAUUUGUCACUGAUACACGUUUACCACCCAAAAUUCUGUUCACAUAGUUUGAAUAAUGAACAGUACCAAAUGUGUCUAGAUUCAAAAAGUGGGAUCUUUGGGUCUCUACAUCAAGAAGCUAAGGCUGUCUACAGAUUACCAGAGAUAUUAAAUAAAUAUAAAUAA